AUGACUCUGGACAGGCAGAUGUACCCAGAAAAUGUCCAACAUUUAAUGAGACACUUCAAAGAAGCUACCAGCCAACUGAACGGAUAUCUCCUCGUCGAUUUGAAGCAGUCGACACCAGAAUCAGCACGCAUGCGCAGUGAAGUAUUCAAGGACCAGCCUAUACAAGACACAAAAACCAAGCAGCCUGUAGAGAGGUACAUGCGAAGCGAUUACAAAACCCUUCCUGUCAUACGCAUGUCUCUAGGGAAAUACAGACACCAGAUACAAGAACAUUUGUAUGAUGAUGAUGAUGACGAUGAUGAUGAUGAUGAACCCGCAGAUGAGGACAAUGACUAUGAAGAGGAGGACACUACCUCCGGCAACGACGAGUGA